GGGCUGGCUGGGACAGAGCAUGCUCUCCUGACAGCAGCCUCUAAGAGCUAGAAUUAAUCUGAAGCUCCCAGGACUUGAAGACAGCAGACACCCCCACACCCUCAGGGACUUCAGAGACCAGAUUUUACUUUUGCGUACUCUCUACACCCAACACCGGGCUCGAACUCACCACCUCGAGAUCAAGAGUCGCACACGCCACCCGACUGAGCCAGCCAGGCACUCCUCAUUUUGCCUGUUCUUGAUCUUCGUAGAAAAAGAAUUAUCAAGAAGACCCCCCACAAUGUGGCAGCUUUUAGCAGCAGCCUACUGGAUGCUUCUUCUUGGACCCAUACAUGGUUAUCACAAGAAAGGAGGCAUCACAAAUCCUGAGGCUACUAUGAAUAUUAGCCAGAUUAUUUCCUACUGGGGUUAUCCUUGUGAAGAGUAUGACGUUGUGACCAAGGAUGGUUAUGUCCUCGGAAUUUACAGGAUUCCCCAUGGAAGAGGAUGUCCAAGAAAAACUCCAAAGCCUGUCGUGUAUUUGCAACACGGGUUAAUUGCGUCUGCCAGUAACUGGAUUUGCAACCUUCCGAACAACAGCUUGGCUUUCCUUCUGGCAGACACCGGUUAUGACGUGUGGCUGGGGAACAGCCGGGGAAACACCUGGUCCAGAAAACACUUGAAGUUUUCACCCAAAUCACGAGAAUUCUGGGCCUUCAGUUUGGAUGAGAUGGCUAACUACGACCUUCCAGCCACAAUCAAUUUUAUUGCAGAGAAAACGGGACAAGAGCGACUCUACUACGUGGGCCACUCCCAAGGCACCACCAUCGCUUUCAUAGCAUUCUCUACAAAUCCAGAGCUGGCUAAAAGGAUUAAGAUAUUUUUCGCAUUGGCUCCAGUCAUCACGGUGAAAUACACCCAAAGUCCUAUGAAAAAAUUAACAACUCUUUCCAGAAAAGUAGUCAAGGCGUUUUUUGGUGACAAGAUGUUCUACCCUCAUACCUUUUUUGACCAAUUCAUUGCCACCAAGGUAUGCAACCGGAAGCUAUUCCGUCAUCUCUGCAGCAACUUCCUGUUUACUUUGAGCGGAUUUGACCCAAAAAACUUAAACAUGAGUCGCUUGGAUGUUUAUUUGGCACAGAGCUCUGCGGGAACAUCUGUGCAGACCAUGCUGCACUGGGCCCAGGCUGCUAAUUCUGGUCUGUUCCAAGCUUUUGACUGGGGAAACCCUGAUGAGAACAUGAUGCACUUUCACCAGCUCACACCUCCCUUGUACAACGUGACCAAGAUGCAAGUGCCCACAGCUGUGUGGAGCGGAGGACACGACCGUGUGGCUGACCUCAAGGACGUUGAGAAUUUACUGCCCCAAAUUCCCAGGCUUAUUUACUAUAAGUUGAUUCCACACUACAAUCAUGUGGAUUUUUACCUCGGACAGGACGCACCGCAAGAAAUUUACCAAGACCUUAUUAGACUGAUGGACGGAUGUUUGCAAAAUUAAAUGGCUUCCCUUUCUCUAAGCAAGUGGAUUCUUAAAAUAAUACUGUGGCGCCCAGACCCUAAGGUGACCGCUCCGAUGAUUUUCGCCUCCUAGUGCCCGUGUGUUGGUGUAACCCUCUCCCCUUGAGUGUGGGACGCCCUUGAGACUUGGUUCUGGCCAACAGAAUUGGCAAAGGUAAUGGCGUCACACCCUUGUUUGGAUCACGUUUAUGGCAAAGGACGUCAACUCCUGAUUGCGUCAUAUUAUAGGAGAAUCCAUCAAGCAGACUUGAGAAGAGAUCUCCCUUGUUGGUUUGAUGAAGAGGACAGAUAUGUGGAGGAAGCCUACAUGACCUCUAGGAUCUGUGCCUAUAGCAGAUAACCAGCAAACAACCAGAUUCUCAAUCAUACAGCUGUGAGAUCAAUUACAUCUACAUCCUGGAUGAACUCAAAAGCCCACGAAUCCCCCAGUAAAUCUUCCAGUUGAGAAAGAAGGCUGGCCACCCCUCAUUUGCAGCCCCGGGAGACACCCUGAGCUGCAGGGGACUAGCUGUGCCAUACCCAGACCCACAGCCAGAGUGACAAAAUAAAUGCAUAUUCUUUGAAACCA